AUGUUUAAGAAAUUUGAAGGUGCUCACUGGAAGCGUUUACUCGAUAAUUCCAUCGAUUUGCUUCGGCAAACCUUUACAGUGGAAGCUAGCCGGGCAUUAGGGGUUUCACCCGAAAGAAUUCGGGGCGUAGAGUUUCGUCUGGGGAGUCUCCACGUGACUUUUCACGUUACUCACGACGAUGACUUGUCGCAGGAAGAGAUUAAUCAACUUAUUGAAAACUACCCCUUUAGUGAAAUGUGGCGUCUUUACAGUCAAUUUAAUGGUGCUGCAGUCGAUUUGGAUGGCUUAAGUAAUACUAUUAAGGGUCUUGAGGAACAAUUGGCACAAAAGGACCUUGAGUUAGAGUCUACCCGCAAAAUGGGCGAACAAAAAACAUGCGAAUUCACGAAAGAAAUCGCAAGGCUGCGGAACAAUUUGGAAGAAGUGGAGGAUCGUGAGAGAAACUUAAUCAAAGAGUUAGCAAAGGAGGGGGAAGACCGGAAAACAAUUGAAGCUCAGUUCGCUGCAUCAAAGGAGGAGAACCAAAAAUUAGAAGAUGAUCUCAAGGGUACAAAGAAUCAUUUUGUUGAAAUCGCACAUAGAUAUAAAGAGUCAAUUCUCGCUAUACUAAAAGAAAACAAGAAAGAAAGGGAAGCUAAGGAACGCGAGUUAAGGGAUCAAAUCGAGAUGAAGAGUUACGUUAUUCAAAAUCUCGAGGCAAAAAUUAGGCACUUACGAGGUGCCGAAGUUGACCAACAUAGUUAUCUUAACGGAAACAACGAUGGAGCUUCAAGCAGACCUGUGCCCCAUAUCAAAGAGUUGUCAUUACAGCUACGACAGAUCGAAAGAUCAGAAAUGGAGGUGCGCAGCGAGCUUGGACGUUUAUCUGAAUCCUUAAAGAUAGCAUAG